AUGAAAUUACUUCAGGAUUCACAGGACGCAAAGGCCCAAAAGAAGAGUCUCAAACCUCAGGUGGAGAGACGUCGAAGAGAGAGAAUGAACCGCAGCCUGGAGAGCCUGAAGACUCUUCUGCUACAGAGACAGGAGGAGACUCAGCGCAGGGUGGAGAAAGCUGAGAUACUCGAACACACAGUCCUCUUCCUCCAGAACACUGCCAAAGGAGACAAGACGAGAGCUGGAGGUGGAGGCGGAGGCCGGAAGCACUCCUUCCAAGACGGCUUCUCCACCUGCCUGCAGAGAGCCGCUCAGUUCCUGGGACCUGAGGGGAAAGGCUUGUGGCUCGGAGCAGCGCUGGACGCAUCUUUUGCUGCUCGCUUCGCCCGUUCAGACUCUGAUUCUGCAGGCGUCCAGCGGAGAACUGAGGCCCGCUCCUCCACCAGAUCUCUGCUUCUCAGGAAGACGUCCAGAUCUAUUCUUCGGCUGCUGAUAAACAGGUCCGGACACAGACUGUGCACGCCCGUCUCAAAUGUGGCCAGCUGUGUUCAGACCCCGGGAGAAUCACGUCGUUCUCCCACAACUCCUCAACAGCCCCACAAAGUGGCGAGUAGAGCGAGCAAACAGAGUCCGUCGCAAAGCCACCCGGUCAGCCAGUCUUUGUGGAGGCCCUGGCCCUGA